AUGUCGAACCAACCCAACCUGCUCCACAUUUCCACCUCCACCCCUCCACCGAGCCAACCUUCGGCAACGCCCUCAGCACACCACCGGUCCGCCCUGCCUCCCAAUUCCCAGUACUACCAAUUCACUGACGCAGAGCAAGAAAAAUUUGGAGAGCUCCUUGAAGUCUCCGUCCAAGGUCGUCCGUCUACCCCAUCCAUGACCAAACGCGACCGCGAGGCCUGGGCAGCCACCAAACUCCCAUCCCCGGUUUUUCUUGCCGUCAAUUCUCCGCAUGGUAAGGACAGCCUGGACAGGUGGUUCAGUACAGAGCAUAAGUUUGAACAUACCUGGAUAUUUUUGCUGAAGAGCCGCUACCCUGGUACCUGA